CUCUUGGGGUGACCACCACACACACACACAUACACACUCACCAAUCAUAAGAGAUUUGGCGCAGAAUAAAAACAAAACGGAUGAUGAUUUCAGAAGCUUAUUAUUAAUCCCUGCCUCGAUAUGGGCAAAGUCUGAUUUAUCAUCAUCAUCAUCAUCUUCGCUUGGAUACGUUGAAGGUGCGGGUGAGCUGCUGUGAUUGAUGGCAACUCCUUCCGACUCUCCUCCUACUCCGCCCGAUGAUAAAUCCCCGAUCUCAGAGGCUGUUACAAAAGAGGCGCAGCAGGCUAGCAUCGCUCAGGAAACUCCUAAGCAGGAGGACUCUCUUCCCUCUGUCUUUAAAAACUCUGAACCUUUACGUGAGGAUCAGAUUCAGAACGCUAUCAAGUUCCUUUCCCAUCCUAGGGUUAGAGGAUCCCCUGUUAUACACAGAAGGUCCUUCCUCGAGAAGAAAGGCCUCACUAAAGAAGAGAUUGACGAAGCUUUCCGCCGUGUCCCUGAUCCAUCGCCAAGUUCGCAGACAACUGUUAGCACUCUAGAUGGACAGAAAGCAGUGUCUAAUGUUCAGCCACAAGGGCAGGUACAAGCCAUGCAGCCUUCUCCUGCUCCUGCUCCCGUUGUUAUGAUUCCACCACCUCCGAGUUUGCUCUCCCGACUUCGCUGGUACCAUGCUGCUCUUGCUGUCGGAGUAUUAGCUGCUUCUGGUGCCGGAACUGUUAUUUUUGUCAAGAAAUCUCUCAUCCCCAGAAUAAAAUCGUGGGUCCGCAGAGUUAUGUUGGAACAAGAAACUGAUCCUCUGAAGAAAGCUGAUGCAAAACCUAGCUUAGCUGAAGAAGCAGUAGCUGCAGCCAAAGCUGCUUCGGCAGCUGCUUCUGAUGUAGCCAGGGUUAGUCAGGAAAUGAUGAUAACCAAGAGUGAAGAGAGGAAAUAUUUUGAGGACUUAACGCGCCUGUUAGGCGUCCAAGUACAAGAAAUGAAGGCCUUGAGCAAUAAUAUCCGUAAUCUCGAAGGGAAUUCCAACAACCUCCCCAAGGUUUAUUCAGCUGAUCAAGAGGUUUAUGGUGGUGGUUUGGUCAAAACUUCGGGAGAAAGGAGAUCAUAUGCAAAUGGCAGCAACAUUGAUUAUGACACGCGCUCAGCACGGUCUGCUUCUCCUCCUGCGCCACCAGCUGAUUCUUCUAUGCCCCCUCAUCCGAAGUCAUACAUGGAUAUAAUGUCUAUGAUUCAGAGAGGAGAGAAGCCUUCAAACAUUCGGGAGAUUAACGACAUGCCACCCAAUCCGAACCAACAGCUAUCAAAUCCUCGCAUCGCUCCUAAAAAUAAGCCAUGGGAGUACGGUCAAGCGCCCCAAGACGAGAGUUCCAAUGGUCCAUGGUGGCAACAGAAAAACCCUAGCUCCACGGACUUUGGCUAUGAGACAACAGCGUCCAGGUCCAUCGGUAUCCAAAAUGAAACAAACACAAUGGAACCAGCAGCUCUCCCAAGGCAGCGAUCGUGGGUUCCUCCACAACCACCUCCAGUUGUUAUGCCAGAAGCAGCUGAGGCCAUUCGCCGUCCUAAGCCGCCACAAGCUAAGAUAGACCAAGAAGCAGCUCCUAGGGAUGACCAGUCAGGUGUGAGCGACGAGUUACAGAAGAUCACUAAGUUUUCUGAAUCUGGUGGUGAUGGAUCAGGAAACUUGUUGAUCACAGAGAUCCAAGAAGAAACAGAGCAGCAACAAUUCAGCCAAGAAGGAAACUAAAAUGAUAUUUGUGUUUCUUGAUACAAAAAUACGUUAUAUUGGGGUUUGCUUGUAAGAGAACAUGUACUUAGGUGUUGGGAUUUACCACCUACCUCGAUUUAAUAAUAGUUAUUAGAAGGAAACAAGUCAAGCCUUGAUUCACAAGUAACUUCAUUCA